AUGGUUCGGUAUCUUUUACCUUCCCAAUUCGUCCCCCCGAUGCCUUCCGACUGGGAUUGUUCUCACCAGCCUCCUUCUAAUCAGGCUGCGUGGUUCCUCAGAUCCAGCCGUGGCAGUGAUCCCCUCGAGGUCGGCGUUGCACCAUUUACGCCUCCGUCUGCCCAUCAAAUUGUCGUGAAGAAUUGCGCUGUGGCCAUCAAUGCCGUUGAUUGGACUAAGCAGCUGAUGGGAAGACUGAUAUUCUCCUGGAUCAAGUACCCCUUUGUACUCGGAAAUGACUGUGCCGGCGAGAUUGUGCAGGUUGGUGACAUGGUCAGUCACAUCAAGGUUGGUGACCGGGUUCUUGCUCACGCGCUCUCUAUGGAUAAAGCCGUCAACAACCCGUCUGAAGGUGCCUUUCAACGCUACACUGUGAUCCGUGACAACAUGGCCACAGUGAUUCCUGAUUCGCUCUCUUACGAAGAGGCUUGCGUCAUUCCCCUCGGUCUAUCAACUGCCGCAACCGCCUUGUUCGGACAAGACUUUCUCUCACUCAACCGCCCUGGUAUCCCGCUAGCCAUAGGCCCAGAUUGGCGUCCUGAAGUGGUCCUGAUCUGGGGUGGAUCCACCAGUGUCGGUUGCAACGCCAUCCAGCUCGCCGCAGCAGCCGGUUACGAGGUCAUCACCACUUGCUCCCCCAGGAACUUUGCAUAUGUCACUAAUCUCGGCGCGUCUGCAGUUUUUGACUAUAACGACAAGGUCACCAUCCAGCAGAUUGUCGAACUAAUGGAUAAUAAGAAGGUUGUUGGCGCCAUCGCUAUCGGAAACAACUCAAUUGAACCUUGCAUCGAAGUCCUCUCGAGAACCGACGGCUCGAAGUUCGUGGUCCGGACCGCCUUCCCAUUCCUAGCAAGAAAUCCAAUUUUUUUCAAUAUAUUCCACGAGAUAGCAACCUCUGUGUGGGAGAACUUCAAGAUUUGGAAGAAGGCGAAGCGGUGUGGCGUGAAAACAAAGUUCGUUUCCGGUACCUCCGCGGCGCAUACCGAGAUCGGCGCCAUGAUCUACAAUGAAUUCCUCCCUGAGGCCCUCGCAACUGGCGCUUUUGUUGCUGCGCCCAAGCCGAAUGUUAUAGGGAGGGGCCUGGACCGAAUUCAGCUGGCUAUGUACACUCACAAGCGGGGUGUGUCUGCUCAGAAGGUUGUUGUCUCGCUUUGA